UUUACUAAUAGACAAGAGACACAGAACAACAAACAAAAGUGUUCGAUUUAUUUAGUGUUCUUUAUCAUCGGUUAAGUACCCGCUGUGUAUGUUGACUGGAAGUAGAGAGCAAUGGCGAGCCCACCUAAUUUAGAGAAGCCCACAAAAUUUGUGGUCGUGGGUGGAGGAAUUGCAGGAGUGACAUGUGCCGAACAGCUCGCAUGCCAGUUUCCCUCUGAAGAGAUUCUGCUUAUUACAGCUGCUCCACUGAUAAAGACUGUGACGAAUUUCAAACAGGUGUCCAAGACGUUGGAGGACUUUGAUGUGGAAGAGCAGCCAUCUAGCGUCUUAGAAGACAAAUAUCCAAACCUGCGAGUCCUCCUGUCAGCAGUAAAAUCCCUACAAACAAAAGAACAUUCACUGCAGACAGAAGGUGGACAGACAGUGCAGUACGAAAAGCUGUGUCUCUGCAGUGGGGCCAGGCCCAAGCUCCUGACCCGGGACAAUCCCCAUGUGCUGGGAAUACGAGACACUGACAGUGCCCAGGAGUUUCAGAGGCGCCUGUGUAAAGCCAAGCGGAUUGCAGUUGUUGGGAAUGGUGGAAUAGCUUUGGAACUUGUGUACGAGGUUGAAGGCUGUGAGGUCAUCUGGGCAGUAAAGGACAAGGCCAUUGGGAAUACAUUCUUUGACGCAGGGGCUGCACAGUUUCUCAUCCCCUCACUAGAAAAAGAAAAACCUAAGAAAUCAUUGCCUUGCAAGAGGGCCCGGUAUACCACAGAGACAGACAGCAGCUCUCACUCACCUAAAGGUAAGAGUUUGGACUCUGGGGAGCCUGGCAGUGCUUUGGGCCCAGAUUGGCAUGAAGGUAUCAACUUAAGAGGUGCAGACAAGGUCUCCCAUAGAGUUCAUGUAGAGUAUCAAUGUGAGAUUCAGCACAUAUACUCUCAAGAAGAGUUCCUUUUGUUCUGCAAGUAUGACACAUUUACAAAGAAGUCAGUUGGACAGUCAGUCACUCGGAACCCUCUUAUCAUUUCCUGCUCCAAUAAAGGAAACUGGCCGGUAUAUAUCCAGCUAACCAACGGCAAGAUUUAUGGCUGUGACUUCGUUGUGAGUGCCACAGGUGUAGUGCCAAAUACUGAUGUCUUUCUCGAUGGAAACAAUUUUGAGUUGGCCAGUGAUCUGGGUCUCAGAGUUGACGAGCACAUGCGCACAUCAGAGCCAGAUGUGUACGCAGCUGGAGACAUCUGCACUGCGUGCUGGGAGCCCAGCCCCCUGUGGCAACAGAUGCGCUUGUGGACUCAGGCGCGUCAGAUGGGAUGGUAUGCAGCUCGCUGUAUGGCAGGAGACAUCUUGGAGGAACCCAUAGAACUGGACUUCUGUUUUGAGCUCUUCUCACACAUCACUAAGUUCUUUAACUACAAGGUGGUGCUCCUGGGAAAGUUCAAUGCACAAGGCUUGGGUCAGGACCAUGAACUGUUGGUGCGUUGCACUAAGGGACAGGAGUAUGUGAAGGUGGUCAUGAGUGGAGGACGUAUGAUGGGGGCUGUACUCAUUGGAGAAACUGACCUGGAGGAGACCUUUGAGAAUUUGAUCCUCAACCAGAUGGACUUAUCCUCAUUUGGAGAGGAUCUUCUGAACCCCAGUAUUGAUAUUGAGGACUACUUCGACUGAAACGUUUGUGGUUUGUCACAGUAAAAGGAUUUGCUGUGUUCAUAAUAAGCUAUGAUCAG